AUGAAAUGGGAACUAUCAAUUUGGAUCGUGACACUACUGACAGGGUACUCGCUGCAACUGAACCUUAACAAACGACCACCAUUGAUGAAGAAUUUAAUUGCAACAAAUAAAGCCGAUGAUAGCUCAUCAUCCAGUAAUACUUCAGAGGAUGAAGUUACAGAAGAAGUCUCUAUACCAGAUCAGGGGUCAGUAAAGGGUAUAAAUUGGAAAGAUCAUCCCAACGUAAUCGGAUUCAUAGAUAUACCUUACGGAAAAAUUGAUGAAAAGAAACCAUUUCAGGCUCCAGAGUCAGCUGAUCGGUGGGAAGACCCUCUCAAUAACCAAUACCAUACGAGAAAUUGUUAUCAAUUAAAAAACAAAGAAGUAACUGGUACACUUGAUUGCUUAACUUUGAGUAUUUUCAAACCCAAACAUGUUGAGAGACAACAAGAAAAUGCAAGCGUACUGUUUUAUAUACACGGUGGAAACUUUAUUUUUGGAAGCGGCGAUCCCGAUUAUUAUCGACCUGCAAAAUUUGUAGACAGAAAUAUUAUAGUUGUUCUACCUAAUUACAGACUUGGGCCCUUAGGAUUUCUAUGUCUUCAAAAUGAGACCGUACCUGGCAACGCCGGUUUAAAGGAUCUAGCUUUAGCUCUGAAUUGGACAAGAAAAUAUAUACAACAUUUUGGCGGUAAUUCAAGUAAUAUAGUUCUGAGUGGUGACGGGAGAUCAGGUGCUUUAGUGCAAUACUUAGCACUGUCCCCCAAGUCUAAAGACUACGUAAGUAAAGUAAUAACAGAAAGUGGAUCUGUAUUAUCACACUGGGCAAUAGAUAGAAACCCACUAGAAACUGCUCAAAUUCUUGAAGGAAAUAUGAAAGAUAUGGAAAAUCAAGAAAGUGUACUAAAAAACAACAUAUUCGAAGAUACAAACAUUACACAAUUACUAUUAGCUUCGGUUAAUAUGAAUUUCAAACCAUGUAUAGAGAAUAAUGUAGAUGGAUUUAUAACAAAAACUCCAUGGUAUAUAUUGGAAAACGAGAAUAUUACCAAAACCUUUAUGCUAGGUUUUGCUAGUCACGCCGGUUUACAAGAAGCACUGGAUCAGACUCCACAAAGUCUCUGUCAGCUUAAUACAAAUUUCUCAAAAUUUCUACCAAACGAUUUAUCUUUCGAUAAAGGAGAACCCGAAAAGGAUUCAGUUGCGAAUUUGAUCAAAGUUCAGUAUUUUGAUAGUAAACCUAUUUUUAUGGAUAAUGUAGAGAAUCUAUCUCUAUACUAUACUGAUGCUUAUUACAUAAGUCAUGUAGUUCGUCUGGCACGUCAGCUAGUCAAAGCAGGAGCAACAGUCUACGUUUAUGAAUUUUCAUUUGUUGGCGACCUGAAUAGGCAGUUAAUAUCUCUUGGGAAAAUAAUUGAUGGCACAGCGCGUGGGGAUAUUGUUGGGUAUUUAUUUGUGGAUCACACAACUACAGAGAAUUCAGACGAGAUAGUGAAUACAAAGGAGACAGGUGUUUCAUAUACAGGUGAUACAUUGAAUGAAAAAAAUGACGAUCAAGAGAUGUCAGACAAAUUAAUAGAUUUAUGGGUCCACUUCAUAAAGUCAGGAAAUCCUUCGGAGGAAUGGGAGACGCUGAACAGUACAGAAGCAUCGGAAGAGAAAUGGCUGUCUUUGAAUAAUUCCACCCUGGUCAUGAGAGAGGGCAUACACGAGGACCGGAUCAAACUUUGGACCGAAAUUUAUAAAGCACAUUUUGUGGAACGGAACUGGGCAGGAAUGUUGCAACCAUGCAUGCUCUUUGCGACGAAUAUUCUCCUUUUAGGAAUUAUAUCGAGAGUCCUCUAA